CCUGCAUCCAUGUCCCAAUUUCCGUCCCAAAAGAUCCAGAUAUCGCAAAGUUGGAAGGGCUCUGACUCACUCAAAUUUCUUGUCAUCUUUGGGGACUCGUACUCAGCAGUGGGCUACGAUUUCGCUUCCCACGUCCCAACAACAGAGGAGCCACUAGGAAUUCCGUUUCCUGGAGAGACCUACACUGAACCAAGCACACCCAACUGGGUCGGCCAUUUCAUCACGACAUGCGCAGUCGAAAAUAAAUGGGUCGUGUUCGACUACGCAGUUGGUGGCGCUAGUGUCCAUGAUGUGUGGCAUCAAGUCAAAUUUUGCUUCAAGGACGACAUCGCCGAUGCCUCCAGCAAGGCAGACUGGGCAACGGAAAACACUUUAUUUGUGACUUGGGUGGGUAUAAAUGAUUCUGCAUGGACGUCCGAACACGGAGGAAACAUGAAGAAGUUGCUGUCAGCGCAGGAGGAGUUGUAUAACUGGGGUGCUCGGAAUUUCCUCUUCAUUAACGUGCCAGCCAUCGACAGAGCCCCAGCCCAAGGAAUAGCGGAAAAUUACGUGGGCUGGAACACCGAACUGACAAAAUCAGCGGCAUCAUUCGCUGCAACACAUUCAGAUUGCACAGUUUUGUUGUUCUCCGCUUGGGAUACGUUUAACGCGCUUCUCGACGAUCCUGUAGGCCAUGGCUUCUGCAAAGGAGAUGAGAGCAAGGCGUAUAGUUCAGUGUGGACCGAUAUGCUGCAUCCUACAAGCCGUGUGCACGACUUUGUCGCACUAGAUGUGGUUGAAUUUCUGAGAGAAGUAGAAAGAUCAAGUUAA